CCAGACAGUUUAGACCCUUAGAAACAACGAUACAAGACUACGAUAGGUACAUCCAUCCAUCCAUCGAUGAUCUCUCCCGGUGUACGUAUAAUUACCCUUGCUAGCUAGCUAGUCUCCUCUUUCCUUCCUCUCAUUAAUUUCUACGCUCGCUCGCUAGCUAUUUCAAAGCAAGAUGCGCAGCAUGGCCAGUUCCACCUCCGCCCGAGGCAUCGCGGCCAUUGUCGGCGUGGGACCGAAGCUCGGCCGCUCCAUCGCUCGCAAGUUCGCUCACGAGGGCUACACCGUCGCCAUCCUAUCUCGCGACUUCGGGAGAUUGUCGAGGUUUGCGGAGGAGAUAGCGAUGGAGGAGAAAGCGCAAGUGUUUGCGAUACGAAUCGACUGCUCGGACUCAAAGAGUGUGACGGAGGCAUUCGAAGGGGUUCUCUCGCUGGGAUUUGUGGAAGUUUUGGUGUACAAUGCGUACCAGCCUGUGUCUUCGCACCCCAACAACUUCGCCGGCAUCCGCAUCGACUCCUUUGAGAAGUCCCUCGCGGUCUCUUCCGUUGGUGCCUUCCACUGCGCCCAACAGGUUCUUCCAGUCAUGGUGGAAAAAGGAAGAGGGACAAUUUUAUUCACGGGCUGUUCAGCUUCUCUCAACGGCAUUGCUGGUUUCUCUGAGCUAUGUUGUGGAAAAUUCGCGUUGAGGGCACUAUCGCAAUGUCUGGCAAGGGAGUUCCAACCUUUGGGUGUACACGUCGCCCAUGUUGUCAUUGACGGUGUCGUUGGCCCACCAAGAGUGAGGCUAUCAGCAUCGUCGCAGAGGGCGUUGGUUGGGGAACAAGAGAACGGAGGAGGGGAUGCAUCAAUGGACCCAGACGCGCUGGCUUUAAACUACUGGCACCUGCACGUUCAGGACCGGGCCGCUUGGACCCAAGAGCUCGAUCUACGAGCCUCCUUUAAUCCCAGAUCCUUCUAGUAAUACCACUGCCUCCGAUAUCUUAAUAAGUUGCCACUCUGUAUGUGUGAUUCCAAGCCUCCGACCCUACAUGCAAUAUACACUCUUCCAUGUGGCCGGGAAUAAGUUAAAAUGUGUUGGAUACUUUCUAGCCACCUGCUAGAUCGGUCACAUUAUUGAUUACUCGCAUUAUUGUUUAUCUCCUUUUGUAUUUAUUCAAAUAUUAGACAUGUUAUAAUUAGAUGCAUGUUUUAAUUUUCUCCUUGAACUGUGACUUUGGGUGUGUACUGUAUAUAUAGUAUGGGAUCAAAUGAAAGAUGUUGCAAUGGUUCAAUUAUUA